AUGACAAAGGAAUUGCAACAUUUGUUGGAUGAAUAUCCCGUCUUUGAGUACGAUGAAAGACAAAAAUUGCGGUGUACGUUAACGGGACAUGAAAUCCCUUCACGUUUUGAGCAACUUGAUCAUUAUGUUAAAACAUCAAAAUUUGUUCGCGCAUGGAAGAUGCAUCAAAUCAUGAAGGAAUAUGGUGAAUAUUUCGAUGAUAUUGGUCCUCGUGAAUUCGGUUGCAAGAUUACGAUGAAGAUCAUUUCGAAGGAUCCAGAUGAUCUCUUUAGACAUGUUAAUGGGAAAAAGUUCAAAAAAGGACUGGAAAAAGCAGCACUAACUGGAGGAAGCGAGUUGUCAGUUGGCAAUGAAGAUGAAGAAGAAAUGGAGCAAGAUGAGUUGGAUAUGUUUAAUGAAGUGAUCAAUGAUGAUUCUUUUUCUGAGGAUGAAAGUGGGUUGAAUAAAGAGGACGAAUAUCCCGAAUUGAUAAAAACCUGUGGAGAAUCAGCUGUUGAAAGUGAAAGUUAUGAUUUUACCGUGAUGGACACUGAGAAGGACAUGAACAGUGUUAAUAGGAAAAGAAAGGCUGAUAAUUCGACAACACUCAAGAAAAAACGAGUGAAAUGA